AAACAAACGACUACACGUUCGCUCCAACUAACACAUACUUUCUCUCUCCUCCAAAUCGUUGAAAUGGGAUUGACCAAAGCCAAAAGGCAGAGCCACUUUCCAACUCUCUUAACGUGGGCAAACAGAAACACUGGACGCUUCUCCUUCUUCUUUCCCCUCUCUGAAUUUCAACCAUUCUGUCCUCUUUACUCGGGAUUCACAUAAACACUGUGAUUUUCACUCUCCUCUCAGUUUUAGCUGCAAAGUUUCUCUUCAGAGUUGCUUUAUUCGGGAUCUAAAACCGUCAGAAAUGCAGUUACACCGUCGGUUUCGUGCAUAUGAUCGAUUGCUAGGUUCGAAAUGUCAAACUCAUAGGCUCCUGCUAGUUCAGGAAUCCUUGUUGUAAGCAUUUAUAGAGACGGCAAUGUUACCUGCAAAUGCUUCAAGAUCUGAGCGUUGUGUAGCGCAUGUUCCUUUGUGAUUUUUAAGUUUGAUUAGAACUCGGUGGAACUGAUCGUGUUGAGAAGUUUCGACGCUUAAUUUCGAGUGAAUGUCUGAAUGAGUGAUAAUAUCUAUGCAGCAACUUGAUUGUAAUGAAGUAGAACUGCUGGUUUUGGAUUGUUAAGCAGGGCUCUAUGUUUUAAUGACAUUUAUUACAUUCAGCUAAGCCUGUCCUGUAUUCAAUGAAAUUCUCCUAGUCCUCAUAUUUCAAUGUUCACACUUCCAAACUAUGCUUCUUAGUAAGUCAUUUCAGUAAGGGGAAGAAAGAGACUAAUAAAAAUUUGUCGGUUGUCCUGUUUGGUUGUAAGUAGGCUUCAAUGGAUAAACUAUAAAACUGUAAGAAACUCUACUGCUAGAUUCUUUUGAAAAGUGAUUUUAUAUCGAGAUGAAUAUCCUACCAUUUAUGUCGAGGAAGUCAUAUGUGUCACCGCUAGAUUUUAUUUAAUUGCCUAGGACCCACUCAACACAUUAUGACGGUAGUUGUCUUUGUCUAAUGGUGUCACAUAACACCUCUACUCCUCUAUCCAUAUGUGGAUGAUGGUUUUCUCCAUAAGUCCAUAGCAAUGUUCUACAUGACUACAUGUUUAUAAGUUAGUGUCUAUUCUGAAUUUCUAAUAGGUCAUGUGUCCUGUAAAAGACCUCUACUCCUCUUCAUUCUCUUUCUCCCCUUAAAAAAACAAGCGCUUUGUGAUGCUUUGGUGUACAAUUGAUGUGGAAAAUCUCAGGACAUUGCUUUCUUAUGACAAGAAGUCUGGACAUGAAAAUCUUCUCCAUUUUCCACUGCUUUUGCUCCCUUUUCAUUCUAGCAACACUUGUUUCCCAUACUCUUGGUGAUUUGAACUCAGAUGAACAAGCCCUUCUUGCCUUUAUAAAUUCUGUCCCCCAUGAUCGCGGGAUCAACUGGAAUCCAGCUAUCCCCCUAUGUUCCUCUUGGGUAGGCAUUAAAUGUAGUAGAGGUGUGGGUCCACGUGUGGUUUCUGUUCGACUUCCGGGAAUUGGACUCAGUGGUCCAAUUCCCGAAAAGACCCUUGGAAGGCUGGAUGCCUUGAUGAUUCUCAGUCUUCGAGCUAAUUAUCUAAAUGGAAGUCUUCCUUCAGACCUCACUUCCCUUUCAUCACUUCGUUAUCUUUUCCUUCAAAAUAACAACUUUUCCGGUCAUAUCCCAACUGUUUUACCCCAAAAAAUAAUCGUUUUGGAUCUUUCAUAUAAUUCAUUCACUGGUGAAAUUCCCAAUCUGAUGCUCCCAAGAUUGAAACAUUUGAAUCUAAGUCACAAUUUUCUUAAUGGUUCUAUCCCACCAUCCCUUCAAAACUUUCCAAAUUCUGCUUUUGUGGCCAACUCAUUGUUGUGUGGGUUACCUUUAAUUCCUUGUUCCCCUCUUGAGACAGAAGCGAGAAAAACGCACAGCCCUAAGAAAAGGCUCAAGUUGGGAGUUAUAAUUGCCAUUGCAGCUAGUGGGGCAGUGCUACUCAUUAUAGUUGCUUUAUCCAUUCUCUUUUGCUGCCUGAAGAAAAGAGAGAGUAAUACUAUACGUUCCCUCAAAGGAAAGCCUCCUAACAGAGGAAGGGGUGAUAAACCAAGGGAGGAAUUUGGCAGUGGGGUGCAGGAAGCAGAGAAAAACAAGUUGUUUUUCUUUGAAGGAUGUUCAUACAACUUUGAUCUUGAGGACUUACUAAGGGCUUCAGCCGAAGUGAUGGGAAAGGGGAGCUCUGGGACGACAUACAAGGCUAUUCUGGAGGAGUCAACAACAGUGAUUGUUAAGAGGCUGAAAGACGUCAUACUGGGGAAGAGGGAGUUUGAACAACAGAUGGAAGUUGUUGGCAGGGUUGGACAACAGCACCCUAAUGUGGUGCCUUUGCGUGCAUAUUAUUAUUCCAAGGAUGAGAAACUUCUAGUCUAUGACCAUUUCACAAGAGGCAGUUUGUCAACGCUUCUCCAUGGAAGCCCGGCAAUGGAAAGAACUCAUUUGGACUGGGAAAGUCGAGUUAAGAUAGCACUUUCUGCAGCGAAGGGGAUUUCACACAUCCAUCAUAGUGGUGGUGCCAAAUUCACUCAUGGAAAUAUAAAGUCCUCAAAUAUACUUCUUAACCAGGAUUUCGACGCUUGUGUCACUGAUUUUGGUCUGUCUUCUGUCAUUAACUUCUCUGGACCUCCUAAGCAACCUGGAUACCGGGCCCCAGAGGUGAUUGAAACUCGUAAGCACACGCACAAAUCAGAUGUUUACAGCUUCGGAGUCUUACUGCUAGAAAUGCUUACUGGAAAGCUUCCAAUUCAAUCACCCGGGCGUGAUGACGUGGUAGAUCUUCCAAGGUGGGUCCAGUCGGUGGUCAGAGAAGAAUGGACUGCCGAAGUGUUCGAUGUGGACUUGAUGAAAUUUCAGAAUGUGGAAGAAGAGAUGGUUCAGAUGCUGCAGAUUGCUAUGGCGUGUGUGGUGAGGGUUCCUGAUAUGAGACCUGACAUGGAUGAAGUUGUUAGGAUGAUUGAAGAGGUCCGAAACUCAGGCGCUGAAAAUAGGCUGUCUUUGGAAGAAAUCAAACCUAAGGAUUCAAAUGUGAAGACCCCUUGAUGAUUCGCUACCUUGUGAGUUUCUGGGAAUUUAUUUAUAGUUCUAAUAGAUGGAUGCAUGGUUUUCAAUGUGGAGAGGGGUUCAAUUACCAAUAUACUUCGUAUAUGUUUUUCCUUUUGUUCAUUACAAAAGAAUUCACGCUCAAUUUGUUUCAUCAUUUGUUGUUCAAGUUCAUUAUAGUGUGAAUCAUCAAA